AUGGCUUCAGAUGAUAUCGGAUUCGAUACCGGAGCUUUAAUGUCAGCAGUCCUGGAAGGCAUUUUAGAUGGAUUUUCGUUGCUCAUGUUUAUGGGCAGCAUCUGGUCUUUGACCUACAAACAGCACGUGCGGUACAUCAAUCGCCCAAUCAUCAUAGUUGCUAUUUUGCUGUUGUUACUGAGUACUGUACACAUUGUGGUGAACAUCAUUCGUGUGGAAGAUGGGCUGGUGAAGUAUCGCAACACAUACCCAGGCGGGCCGGUAGCAUUCUUUGCAGACAUAUCGCAAGAAACGUAUGUGAUCAAGGAUGUGAUAUAUGUUUUGCAAACUCUACUUGCUGAUGGGGUCGUGAUUUAUCGCUGCUAUGUUGUUUGGCAAUCCGUCCGGGUUAUCAUCCUACCAGGCAUGCUGUGGUGUAGCGCCGCAGUCACUGGUGUCCAUGCGCUCUACAAUGUUUCGCAAUCCGGGUCCGGUACUAGCAUCUUCUCCCAAGAACUUGCAACGUGGGUCAUGGCGUUCUUUGUCUCGACAAUCGCAGCUAAUGUAUUGAGUUCAGGAUUACUGGCAUAUCGAAUAUGGACGAUCGAACGUGAUGUCGCUACAAUUCGCUCCAGUACACAGGGCACCAUGAUGCCAAUAGUGCACGUGCUCAUGGAUGCUGCCAUUUUGUACUCUAUGGCACUUAUCGCUGCAUCGAUCUGUUUCCUCUGCUCGAACAAUGGAGUAUAUGUUAUGGUGGAUAUGGUGACACCGAUCAUAUCGAUUGCCUUCUACAUGGUGCUUAUUCGCAUCGCCAUCAAUCGACACAUACUGCUCGAACUUCUGGACCUAUUAUUUACAAGGAUAAAUUCAAUGCCUCGAGUGUCCUGUCUCCUCCGUCUUGCAGACGACACGUACACCGAGAGUUAUAUCAGCACUAUUGGUGUUAGUCACCUCUUCCCCUUCGCCGUCGAUAGCUGCAACCUUGGAAUCGGUCGUAACGCUGUCGCGAAGGUCAAGUCCUUCUGUCAAUUCUCAUGGUGGUCGACGUGCGAGUUCUCUCAACGUUCCGUCGCCUCAGCAGCGCUCUUCUUCCUCCAGUCGCGUUCUGUUCAAUUUCGAUGACAUCUCAAAGUAUGUGAUACCUCCUGGAGAGCUUUGUAGGCAGCAGGUUAUCUGUGCUACCCGGAAAUAUCGUGUCAUUGGCUUUCCUGUUCUGCUUCCUGGCAAUACUUCCAGUACAACGACUGGUUUGUCUUCGAGCGGUCUGCGGAUUUAAGUUGCUAUGAACCAACAGUUCGCAAGGUCAGCCGUGUCCUAACGGCCUGCGAGGUCAGCUCUUUACCCUACAGUGUACGAAGCACUUUUCCGACCUCUCGGAUUAGCCCGAACUCAAAAAUGUAUCUAGUCCUCGAAAUUUGACUGCUUUGUACCGUAGAGUAGCGCAAAUGCAUUCUUUUGACUUGUAGAUUAA